AUGAAUCGAUUUUUUGGAAGAAUUUCAACGCGUUAUGCUUCAGGAAUGCGUUUUUGUCAGUUCCACGAUCAGUCUAACGGCCUUAGGCUCGGUGCACAGCUCGCUGAUGGCUCUGUCGCUGAUAUUUCCGCACAAUAUCCUGAUCUCAAGUCCUUGAUCUCCGCUGGUGCCGAAGGAAUGUCAAAAGUCUCCGCUGCUCUUGGAAGUCCAGCAAGUGGGGUUGCUCUUGAUAGCCUCAAGAUGGCGCCAGUCAUUCAUAAUCCCGAAAAGAUCAUCUGCAUCGGCCUCAACUACUCCGACCAUUGCACCGAGCAAAAUCUUACUCCACCAAAGGAGCCUGUCGUGUUCAACAAGUUUCCAUCCACUCUGGUAGGCCAUGGCGAUGCUAUUCAGCUCCCGAAAAUCGGAUGCAAUACUGAUCUUGAGGCGGAACUAGCCAUUAUCAUCGGAAAAGAAGGCCGCCACAUUUCAAAAGAAUCCGCUUUCGACCACGUCUUCGGAUACACCAUCGCCAACGACGUGUCUGGUCGGGACUGGCAAAAGAAACGCAACGGAGGUCAAUGGCUUCUCGGCAAAACUUUUGAUACUUUUUGCCCGCUUGGCCCCGUGGUUGCUACUGACGUUGAUCCAUCUAAUUUGAAGAUUUCAUCUUGGAUCGGAGACGACAAAAUGCAAGAUUCAAACACGAAGUUCCUGAUUUUUGACAUUCCAUUCAUCAUUAACUGGGUGUCCCAAAUCUGCACCCUCAAGCCAGGAGACGUGAUCCUCACCGGAACUCCUGGAGGCGUCGGCAUGCACCGCAAUCCACCCAAGUUCCUCGCGGAUGGCGACACUUGCGUCAUUGAAAUCGAGGGACUUGGACGACUCUCGAACCCGGUCAAAAUGGAAGAGUGA